AUGUCGUCCGAUUACGUACCGUACAGCGACGUUUACAGCAGUCGAGAUUAUGACCGAAACGACAGAAGACAUGACCGCCGCCGAGUGCAAGAGAUCCCCGCGGAAGACAUCAGUGCAGUGAGAGCACAGCAGCUGGACGACUUCUACCGACCGGCAUCGCGCCGAGAUGACAUCAACUCGCGCUCGGUGAACGGCCGCCAGUCGCGCGAGUACGAAGACAACAAUGAGCAACAUUAUGCCUCUCGUCGACGCCGACCACAGCGGCGCGAAAGCUAUUCGUCGCGCAGCUCGUCCAACUCCGACUACGAAGAGCCAGACCGCCGGCAGCAGGUUGCUCGGCGUCAAGGCCAGCAAGAUGGCAGCGCACGUCGGGCUCAGAGCGAAAAGCGGCAAUCUCGCGCAUACGAUGGGGACCUCCAAAACUUCGCAAGCCGCACCUUUGAUGCAAGCCCGAACGGCGCGCUGGCUGCCUCGGUCGGCGCAGCAAUCGGUGCAAUAAGCGUCCGCAGAUUUGGAGGCAACCAUUUUAAUCCGAACGAAAGCAGUCAGAACUGGAAGACGGUGGCUGGCGCGGUGGUCGGAGGAUUGGCAGCAAACGCGGCAGAGGCCCAAUGGCAACAGCAUCGUGAGAAAAAACAGAGCGAGGAAGGAGAAGGAUAUAACAGACAAUGA